CCUUCCCUUCUUUCUGUCCGACCUCUCUGCUAUCUGUUCUCUGUGUUGAGGUGGGGGUGGGUGGUCGAUCCAUGGCCGGGGCCCGUGCAUCGCCCAGCCCGCUUGCAAAACCUCCUUUCAGCCGAUGCAACUUUUAAUCGAACCAUGCCUGUUCUGGGAGGAUGUUUGAUCACGGGCGUCCCUUUUCUCUUCAACGUCUUCAGUUUCCUGGCAGCCAGCCACGGUGGCCGCCAGCUGGACAGUUUGCAGUUUGCAGAUGAGAAACAAGAAAAGUUUAUCAGGAGUUUGCAAAGUUACGAAAUAGUGCACCCCAUCAAAGUGGACGAACGUGGAGCUGUCCUGUCCCCGGACGUCACUUAUUAUGUCAACCACGUUAAAAGGCGAGACCUUAACAACAGAGAGGAGCAUGUUUAUUACCAACUCGUCCACGGAGGGCAAAAGCUGCUUUUCAACUUGACACUCAAUCGCCCCUUCCUUUCGCCAGGCUAUGUCCUAGAGAAAAGAUACGGAAACGUAACUGGUACCAUCGUUCAGAGUCCUACAGGGAACGCCUGUCACUUCAUGGGCAGAGUGGAGCACCCAGAUCUGGGGAGUGGCAGUGCAGCUAUCAGUACCUGCAGAGGACUGCACGGUUUGUUUCGAUUACGCACCGGAGACUAUCUUAUUGAACCUGUCAAUGGCAACUCAAGGCAAAGAGGGAAACAACAACCACACAUUAUUUAUAAGAGAGACGCUAUCCAGCAUUCUCAGAGGAAGUUCACUCCUAUAGGCACACGGGCUUGUGGAAUACGAGAUUCUGAUGAUAAUAUCCUGCAGCCAGAGCAACAAAGAGAGAAGUGGGAAGAGAGUCAUAGAAAAGGACACAGAAUCUCCCAGAGAUCGAUCAGCAAGGAGCGAUGGGUUGAAACUUUAGUAGUUGCCGAUACCAAAAUGAUAGAGUAUCAUGGCAGUGAAAAUGUGCAGUCGUACAUCUUUACCAUUAUAAAUAUGGUUGCGAGCUUGUUCCAUGAUCCAAGUAUUGGCAAUGCUAUCCACAUCGUUUUGGUUCGGCUCAUUUUACUGGAGGAAGAAGAGAAAGAAUUAAAAAUCAUUCAUCACGCUGACCAUACUCUUUCCAGUUUUUGCAAGUGGCAAAGAAAUGUGAACCCUAAAAGCGACUCCACUCCACAUCACCAUGACAUCGCCAUAUUGUUGACUAGGAUGGAUCUCUGCGCUGGAAUGAAUCGCCCCUGUGAGACAUUAGGUCUGUCACAUGUGUCAGGAAUGUGUCAACCACUUCGAAGUUGCAACAUUAAUGAAGAUUCUGGCUUGCCAGUAGCAUUUACCAUCGCACAUGAGAUUGGUCACAGUUUUGGCAUCCAGCAUGAUGGACAGGGUAAUGACUGUGAACCCAUUGAGAAGCAUCACUUUAUCAUGUCUCGGCAAUUACAGUAUGAUCAGUCUCCUCUCAUAUGGUCUCACUGCAGCAAAGAUUACAUCACACGUUUUCUGGAUCGAGGCUGGGGUUUCUGUCUCAAUGAUCCACCAACUCAACAGGAAUUAGUGGUUCCCACCAUUGCUCCAGGUGUGCUAUAUGAUGUCCAUCAUCAAUGUCAGUUCCAGUAUGGAUCCAACUCAACAUUCUGUGAGGAGAUGGAUAACGUUUGCCAGACUCUUUGGUGCUCUGUGAAUGGUUCGUGCCGCUCUAAGCUGGAUGCUGCAGCUGAUGGGACUACUUGUGGGGAGAAGAAGUGGUGUUUUAAUGGUGAGUGUGUGACAGUCGGAAACCGUCCAGAAGCUGUGAAUGGAGAGUGGAGCACAUGGGGUUCCUGGUCACAUUGCACACGUACAUGUGGAGCAGGAGUUCAAGCAGCAGAGAGGCAUUGUAGCAAUCCAGUUCCAAAAUUUGGUGGGAAAUACUGUACUGGAAAACGCAAACGCUAUCGUAUUUGUAAUGCCAAACCAUGCCUGCAGGAGACACCUACAUUCCGUCAGAUGCAAUGCAGCGAAUUCAACACGGUUCUUUACAAAAAUGAACUUUAUUCGUGGGUUCCGGUCCAUCGUGUUGCUAAUCCCUGUGAACUGCACUGCCGGCCUGUUGGUGAACUGUUCUCUGAGAAGAUGCUUGAUGCAGUGAUUGAUGGAACAUCAUGCACUGAGGCUGCAAACAGCAGGGAUGUCUGCAUCAAUGGCAUAUGUAAGACUGUAGGCUGUGAUUACGAAAUAGAAUCCAAUGCAGUUGAAGAUCGAUGUGGGGUAUGUCAUGGGAAUGGCUCUUCCUGUCAGACUGUAAAGAAGACAUUUGAAGAGAGUGAAGGAUUAGGCUAUGUGGACGUGGGCCUGAUUCCUGAAGGAGCUCGAGAUAUUCGGGUGGAGGAGAUUGCUGAAGCAGGGAAUUUCUUGGCUUUGCGAAGUGAAGAUCCAGAGAAAUAUUUCCUCAAUGGUGGUUUUAUUAUCCAGUGGAAUGGAGAUUACAAAGCAGCAGGAACAACAUUUAAGUAUGAAAGAAAUGGGAAUCUGGAAAAUCUAACAGCUCCAGGACCCACAAAAGAACCUGUCUGGAUUCAGCUACUGUUCCAAGAAAAGAACCCUGGAGUUCGAUAUGAGUAUACUAUCAAGAAGGACACAGAAGAAGAGAACACAAUAGGACAACCAAAAUUCUUCUGGAAAUUUGGAGCUUGGACUGAUUGCAGUGCUCCAUGUGGAACAGGAGUUCAGCGCCAGAUUGUUCGAUGUGUGGAAAAAACACCCAGAGUUGUGGAAGACAGAUUCUGUGAUGCAAGGACUCGCCCUGAUGACCGGCAACGGAAAUGCAAUGAACAGGAUUGUCCUGCCAGGUGGUGGGCUGGUGAAUGGCAGAAAUGCUCAACAACAUGCGGUGACUCAGGUAUUAAGAAACGUACAGUUCUCUGUGUUCGAACAGUGGGGACAGAUGAGCAGGCACUUCCCAGUUCAGAGUGCAAUCAACGUCUCAAGCCAAGGACUCAAAUGACUUGCAAAAGAGAUAUUCCAUGUCCGUCAAACUGGACUGUGAGCAAUUGGAGUGAAUGCUCAGUUACAUGUGGAGGUGGAUUCCGCACACGGAAUGUGACAUGCACUUGGGAUAAUAAAGACCUGUGUAUUAUUUCCAAAAAGCCAAGUGUGAAAAGUUUGUGCGGCUUACGGAACUGCCCCAACAACAAGAAACUUCUGUUCCCUCCAAGAAAGCCGAAAGAUGGUAACAUUUUUACAAAAGAUCUCCCUGGUAAGCCGAGGCCUAAAUAUGGCCCUAAUCACUCAGGUUCAAAAGUUCAAUCUAAACCCAAACGAGUGCCUGUGACCACUGAGCAACCUCUUCCUGCCAACAUCACAGUGCCAACAGCUGCUGGCAGAAGCCCUGUGACAACUAUGGCUACUACGACAAACAAACAAUUGCACAAGCAAGAGAAGCCUUCCCCAAAACAGCAGAACCACAAUACAUCACAUUAUGGACAUUAUGAUGACAACUUUAUUUCUAUUCACCAAAAUCUGACCAAUGAGGCGGAAACCACCAAGAGGAAGAUUGUCCUUGAAGCUGGAAACAUUACACCUACAAUACAAAGUAUUAAUGAGACUCACGAUAUUGCUGGUGAAACUGACAGUAACUCAAACCUUGACCUCAUUACCACAGAAGAGGGUGAGAAACAUUUUCCAUUUACAGAAGCACCUCAGGCUGGUAUCAUAACAAAUGAGUACAAUGAUGAAGCCUUAAAGCCGAAUAUAGUCCCAAUGGAUGCUGGGGAAUCAAUGUUGUCCGCUAGUCCACAGACAACACUUGUGACUACAGUAAAGCCUGGUAGUAUGCAAAUAAUCAAGCCGCGUGUAAAUGUAUCAUCUCCAGGCUUUCCAAGGUUAAAAAUAGAUCCAAAAUUCAAAGCAACAAUGGAACGGCUAAGAAUGAAACUUUUCAGAAUGCUGAAUCCACAGCAGUUUUCUAACACUACUGACAUUCUAGCACAUGGUCCAAAUCUUAAUGAUGAAAACAGUACAAACCUGCAGCAUAAUCUUGAGCUUACAACUUCAAAUGGAAUUUGUACAACAGAUUCAAAAUGGAUAAAAUUCAAAGGAGCCAUUGUCAGCAAAUUGACAGCUUCUGAAACACAAUCUCCCACACAAUUACCUUUGAAGAAAAUUACUACCACAAAUAGACCAAAUAAUUUCUCCAAUGUGACUGCAGACUCUGAUGAUUUUGUACCUGAAGUUAGCUUGGAUGACGUGUAUUGGAAGGUUGGAAAUUGGAGUGAGUGUUCUACAACAUGUGGAAUUGGUGCAAUGUGGAGACAAAUAGAAUGUAGUGCUGACGAAGACUCACACUGUGAAAAGAUUAAAAAGCCAGCUCCUGCUCGGAGAUGUUUUGUACGCCCUUGUGCUGUUUGGAAAAUCGGAAACUGGAGCAACUGCUCAGAAAACUGUGGAGGUGGUGUUAAAAUCCGUGACAUACACUGUAUAGAUAGCCAUGACAAAAGGCCACUGAGACCUUUCCACUGCCAGCUGCUCGGAACCAAACCAACCACAAGCCUUCGCUGCAAUCCAAGGGCCUGUGCUGACUGGCAAGUUUCUGCUUGGAGUGAGUGUUCAAGGACGUGUGGUGUUGGGAUUCAAGAAAGACUAGCACAGUGUGUGGGAGAAGGACGGUGCAAUUUGAAGGCUCAGCCUCAUACUGUUAUGCCCUGCAAUACUCCGCCAUGUAUUCAAUGGAUAGCUGGAACCUGGAGUGAGUGCUCUGUAUCCUGCGGAGGAGGUUUACAACAGCGGGUGGUAAAAUGCAUGAACUUGAAAACUAAUAAAACAGAGGAAGACAGAAGCAUUUGUGAAGUUAAGCCAUCCCCAAAUAAGAUACGGAGGUGCAACAUUCAGAAGUGUAUGAGCAAAAAUGAUAACUUCUGCAUCAGGGACAGAAUGUCAAAAAAAUUUUGCCUCACCUUGAAGAAAUUGGGUCGAUGUUCAAUGGCAACAAUUAGGAUCCAAUGUUGUUACACUUGCCUGACAAUGAGAAGAGCAGUACAGCAAAGUUUGAGCAAAGGAACCACCUCAGAUUCAUGAAACAGAUUGGAAUUUGUGUUUGUGCUUUGACAAACUGAAACUGCAUCCCUUUAAGUAAGCUUUUCAAUGAGUCUGCUUCCUUCAGUGAGGUGCUGUUUAAACCUAUAUUGAUCAAUGCAGCAAGUCAUUGCUUGUUUGGCAAAGGAAAUAGUUACUCAUACAGGCAGAGUUGCCAAGUCUCUUCGGAUAAAUGGACUGAAUGCACAUUAGUUUUCCGAUUUAUUCAGUUGUUUGGUCUUUGCAAGCUUAGCUUUCAUUAAACAAAACUACACUUUUUUUUAGUGAUAAUGGGAACUGCAGAUGCUGGAGAA